GAGGUUGGUCGGAGCAGUGGAAGAAGGUCAAGAGAGCUUCUUGUUGAGGCUCAAGAAACGGAUUGAUAGAGUUGGAAUAAGCUUUCCUACAAUAGAAGUCAGAUUUGAGCAUCUAAACAUUUCAGCUGAAGCGUAUGUUGGAAGCAGGGCUUUGCCUACAGUCUUGAACUAUUGUGUUAACUUAAUGGAGGGCUUCUUGAAUAGCAUCCAUAUUCUUCCCACUAAGAAGAAACACUUGUCUAUCCUUAAAGAUGUCAGUGGGAUCAUCAAGCCUGGCAGAAUGGCUCUGCUUUUGGGCCCUCCAAGUUCCGGGAAGACCACGCUCUUGUUGGCUUUGGCUGGAAAACUUGAUCAGGAUCUUAAGUCUUUAGGAUGUGUGACUUACAAUGGUUAUGAGAUGCAUGAGUUUGUGCCUCAAAGGAGUGCUGCCUAUAUCAGUCAACAUGAUGUUCAUAUUGCAGAAAUGACAGUCAAAGAAACCUUGGCCUUCUCUGCAAGAUGCCAAGGGGUUGGACCCCGUUAUGAAAUGCUGGAAGAGCUAACUAGAAGAGAGAGAGAAGAGAAUAUUAAGCCGGAUCCAGAUAUAGACAUCUUCAUGAAGGCAAUUUCAACAGAAGGCCAGAAGGAGAUAUUGGUGACAGAUUAUAUUCUUAAGAUUUUGGGAUUAGAUACUUGUGCAGAUACCUUGGUGGGGGAUCAGUUAUUAAGGGGUAUCUCUGGAGGGCAAAAGAAACGAGUCACAACAGGUGAGAUGCUUGUUGGACCUGCUAGGGCACUUUUCAUGGAUGAAAUAUCAACUGGCUUGGAUAGUUCAACGACUUAUCAGAUUGUAAAUUCAGUCAAGAACUAUGUUCACAUCCUUAAUGGGACUGCAGUCAUCUCACUGCUGCAGCCAGCACCUGAAACUUAUGAACUUUUUGAUGACAUUAUUCUCCUUUCUGAUGGCCAAAUUGUGUACCAAGGCCCUUGUGAACAAGUUCUUGAUUUUUUUGAAUUCAUGGGCUUUAAAUGUCCCGAGAGGAAAGGCAUAGCUGACUUCCUGCAAGAAGUGACAUCAAGGAAAGAUCAGGAGCAGUACUGGACAAACAGAGAUGAGCCUUUCAGGUUCAUCACAGUCAAGCACUUUUCGGAGGCUUUUCAAUCUUUUUCUGUGGGGAAAAGAAUUACUGAGGAACUUGCAGCUCCAUUUGACAAGACCAAGAGCGACCCAGCUGCCUUAACGACCAAGAUAUAUGGUAUAAGGAAAGUGGAACUCUUGAAAGCUUGCUUUUCAAGGGAACUCUUGCUUAUGAAGAGGAAUUCAUUUGUCUACGUUUUUAAGCUCACUCAACUUGCAAUAAUGGCACUGAUCACAAUGACCGUAUUCCUACGGAUUGAUAUGCACCGUGAUUCAGUAACUGACGGAGGAAUAUAUGCUGGUGCUUUGUUCUACUCCUUUGUUACUGUUAUGUUCAGUGGAAUGUCAGAGAUUUCUAUGACUAUUGCCAAGCUUCCUGUUUUUUACAAGCAAAGAGACCUCUUUUUUCCGUCGUGGGCGUAUGCCCUUCCCACAUGGAUUCUCAAGAUCCCUAUCACGUUUUUAGAUGUUUCUGUUUGGGUAUUUAUCACUUACUUUUUCAUUGGAUUUGAUCCCACUUUUGAAAGGUUGUUUAGACAAUACCUUCUGUUCUUACUCAUUAGUCAGAUGGCUUCUGCAUUAAACCGAUCCAUUGCUGGAAUGGGUAGAAGCAUGGUUGUUGCUUACACAUUUGGGUCAUUUGCACAGCUCAUGCUUUUUGCUUUGGGUGGCUUCAUCCUGUCAAGAGAGAAUAUACAGAAAUGGUGGAUAUGGGGCUACUGGAUAUCACCUUUGAUGUAUGGGCAGAAUGCAAUCGUAGUUAAUGAGUUCCGGGGAAAGAGGUGGAGGCAGGUUCUUCCAAACUCAACGGAACCGCUAGGAGUUGCUGUUUUGAGGUCUCAUGGAUUCUUUACACAUCCAUCUUGGUAUUGGAUUGGAGUAGGAGCUUUGGUUGGAUACAUACUCGUAUUCAACAUUUGUUUCACUUGGGCUCUCACUUAUCUAAACCCGUUAGAGAAGCCACAUUCUGUAAAAUCAGAAGAAUCUCAAAGCAAUGAACAUGACGAAAAGACUGGAGAAUUUGUUCAGUUAGAGAACCAAGGAAAUAGCUUGAUUCUGCAAAUCAACACAGAUAAUGCAGAAGAAUGUAUUCAUCAUAACAAUAAAAGAGGAAUGGUUCUUCCAUUUGAACCACAUUUCAUCACAUUUGAUAAAAUAACGUACUCUGUAGAUAUUCCACAGUCAAUGAAGAACUCCAAAGGUGUUGUUGAGGAUAAAUUGGUGCUCCUCAAGUGUGUUAGUGGUGCUUUUAGGCCAGGUGUUCUGACAGCUCUGAUGGGAGUGAGCGGUGCUGGUAAAACUACACUAAUGGAUGUACUGGCUGGUAGAAAAACUAGAGGAUAUACUGAGGGAAAUAUUUCAGUUUCUGGGUAUCCAAAGAAGCAGGACUCAUUUGCCAGAAUUUCUGGAUACUGUGAGCAGAAUGACAUCCACUCUCCUUAUGUUACUGUCUAUGAAUCCUUGAUGUACUCAGCAUGGCUUCGUCUAUCUACGGAAAUUAGUUCUGGAACCAGGAAGAUGUUCGUUGAUGAAGUGAUGAGACUCGUGGAGCUGAAUCCAUUAAGGCAAGCACUAGUAGGGUUACCUGGUGAAAGUGGUCUCUCAACCGAGCAGCGGAAGAGGCUGACCAUUGCUGUUGAACUAGUAGCAAACCCUUCUGUAAUAUUCAUGGAUGAACCAACUUCAGGUUUAGAUGCAAGAGCUGCUGCUAUUGUUAUGAGAGCGGUUAGGAACAUUGUGGACACUGGAAGAACAAUAGUGUGCACUAUUCAUCAGCCAAGCAUCGACAUAUUUGAAUCUUUUGAUGAGUUGUUUCUAAUGAAGCAAGGAGGACAGGAGAUAUAUGUAGGGCCACUAGGUCGUCAUUCUUGCCAUUUGAUCAAGUACUUUGAGGGAAUUGAGGGGGUGAGCAAAAUCAAGGAUGGCUACAAUCCAGCUACUUGGAUGUUGGAAGUUACCACUUCAGCCAAAGAAACAGCAUUAGGAAUUGAUUUUGCUGAUGUUUAUAGAAGUUCUGAAAUUUAUAGGAGAAACAAAUCCCUUAUUGAAGAACUGAGUACCCCUGCUCCGGGUUCAAAGGACCUCUACUUCCCUACUCGAUAUCCUCAGUCAUUUUUCACUCAAUACAUGGCUUGCUUAUGGAAACAACAUUGGUCAUACUGGCACAAUCCGGAAUACAAUGCCAUAAGGUUUAUCUACACAACUGUCGUAGCCUUGCUGCUUGGGACAAUGUUCUGGAAUCUUGGCACCAAAAUGACCAAACCGCAGGAGCUCUUUAAUGCAAUUGGUUCUAUGUAUGCUUCUGUUCUCUUCCUUGGUAUUCAGAAUGCUAUGACAGUGCAGCCGAUAGCGGCUGUUGAACGAACCGUCUUUUAUAGAGAACAAGCUGCUGGAAUGUAUUCUGCCUUGGCAUAUGCCUAUGCACAGGUCACAAUUGAGGUCCUUUAUAUUUUUGCACAAGCUGUGAUCUAUGGUGUCCUAGUUUAUGCCAUGAUUGGCUUUGAGUGGACUGUGGCUAAAUUCUUUUGGUACCUUUUCUUCAUGUUUUUCACAUGUUUGUACUUCACCUUCUAUGGCAUGAUGGGGGUGGCCUUGACACCAAAUCAACAUGUUGCUGCUAUCACUUGUAAUGCAUUUUAUGCAUUAUGGAACCUCUUUUCAGGGUUCAUAAUCCCACGAACCAGAAUUCCUAUAUGGUGGAGAUGGUACUAUUGGGCAUCCCCAAUGGCUUGGACCUUGUACGGAUUGACUGCAUCCCAGUUUGGAGAUAUACAGGCCAAGCUCAACACAGGUGAAACAGUGCAAGAGUUUCUGAGAAAUUACUUUGGUUUCGAACAAGAAUUUGUGGUAGUGGUUGCAGCUGUAGUCGUUGGAUUUACACUACUCUUUGCAUUUACCUAUGCCUUGUCCAUCAAGAAGUUGAAUUUUCAGUGGCGAUAAGAAAUUCUGUAUCAAUUAAUUUCAAUCAGCAUAGUUUAGGCUAGGGUCUCAAUAGCAAACAUGUCAACUUGUUGACCAUUUGGGACUAAGCCUCAUCAACUUUAAUACUUGUAAAAAAUCCACCUAAGAACGGAGGGAGAAACACUUCCGUCAGCAUGUACGAUUUGUGUUGUUUUAAAUAAUCUUUUGCGGCCGUUU